GUUUUGUUCUGUUACUUCCUUUCCUAUACCACCAAGCAGAAUAUUGUUACGAAUUUAUCAGCAUUACUACAAAACAAUACAUAUACCAAUCCUGCAUGAAUAUUACGGUUCACUUGCUUGCAAUAAAAUAUUCUAACAAGGGAAGACAAGUUGUGUAUAAGCUCAUCAACUUGAAUAAAGGAAGGAAUUAGGCGGUGCUGUUUUUCUGCAUGCACAUCCAUCCACACGUUUCACAUUGAAUUGUCUCGAAGAACACUAUCAAAAUUUGUGGAUUGGCUGGUAAUUGGUGUAAUUCCCCAAGAAGCAGGAGGCAAUGGGCAUAAUAUCAUCUUCCAAGCUAUGUAGGUGGUUGGACUUGAAGUUUUGACUUUGAAAAAUUAUUUCUUUAAUAGUCUUAUUGGUGGUGAGGAUAAGGAUAGGAAGGAAAUUGUCUUAUUGUGUGGUAUAUACAUACAUUCACUCGUAUUGCAACCCAUAAUUAUGCGUAUGUGUGGCGAAUGUUGUUAACUUUGUUGUGUCCAAGGCGUACGUUUGUAUGUAUAUGUAACUCGAGACAUGGCAUCAACCAGUCAUUUGGUCAUUGUCAUUGGUCUUGUGCAGUUAUUUAUGUUGGUGGUAAAAAUAAUUUAGUUUUGCGGUUUUAAGUUCGUUAUACUAUUCAAGAAACGUGCUGAACUAGUACAUAAAAUAAGUGCUCGAAGGAAGGAUAAUUAGUAGACGGAGGAAAAUAGUGAAUUUGCAGAGUCCAUAUAUAUAAAGACUGGAUUAAGAAGGAGCAAGAAGGAUAGCGGUCGGUUGCCUAAAUCUGUCAAUUUCAAACGAUUUUGGAAGGAACUUUGUUCAAAAUGACGCUGGGACCCGAACCACCCGCAGUCACGCCAAGUCUUCAGCGGUUGAGGAGUAAAGCCAAGCACGAAAUUGGCGAAAUAGAUGAUCUCAUUCCAGAACAAAUUGCCGCAAUCAGAACAGUUUUGUCAGAAGAGUCUUUAGUUAACGUACCACCAAAACAGUUCGACCCUUUCCUGCUACGUUGUCUAAGAGCGAGAAAAUUUGAUAUUCACCGUGCUGCAAAAACGUACAAAAAAUUCUGCUAUAUGAAUUACAACUUGAGCGAGAUUACGGACUACCUCCUCCCAUCGACGUAUAACGGUCUAAUACAUUCCAAAUUCAUUUCAAUCCUAAAAUCCGUCGAUGCCUCUGGUAGACAGAUCGUUUUUAUCCAAGUUCACAAAUGGCAUCAUGCCAAACACACCCUGGACGAAGCGCUGGGGACAUUGUUCAUGUAUAUCGACCAAGCCUUGGACUCUGUCGACACACAAUUGAACGGUAUCGUUGUUCUCGUUGAUUUUAAGGGAUUUGGUUUCGGCCAUGCAAGACAAGUAACCCCUGCGAAAGUGCAAGCUGUUGUCAACAUGGUUCAGGACUCGUACCCUGCAAGAUUUAAAGAAUUUCACUUUUACAACCAUCCCACCCUAUUCAAUAUGGUUUUCGCCCUGGCGAAGCCGUUUCUCAAGGAGAAGAUUAGAAAGCGGAUUUUCUUCCACGGACAUGACCUCGCCUCAGUUCACAGGAGCAUAAAUCCAGCCCUGCUACCAGCCUGCAUGGGUGGUGCCCUUCCAGAUAAUGCCUUCAUCGACGAGGAAGCCCUUGCCUUGCUGUUAAAAAAGGACGACUAUUUUAACGACAUGAAGGAAAAUUUCCUCCCGAUCUUGCAGGAACCUGAAUAUCCAGACUACAUCAAGUAGGCGGUAGCUGAUGCAGUGGAAUGCAUUAAGUUGUAUGAAAAAAAUAAUGCAAUUGUUUAAAAUUUAGUUCCAAGCUAGCCAGCAAGUUUUAUUGAUUGAGUAUUGUUCAUUUUGUUACCCGUGGUUUAUAGUCAAAUAGUCAUAAUAUUGUGACCUAAAUCCUACACUAGUAGGUAUACGUUGGUUAAUUUUAAUUUAAAAAACUGGGACCAGUUACAAAGAAAUAUUAGUUUACAGUUAAUCCUUGCUUUAAAACUUGUGAAGCCAAUGUAAAUAUGUGAUACUACUUUUAUUUGGCUUAAAUAAUAAGAACAAUUAUCAGUCUAAGAGUUUAAAAAGUGAAAAUGUGGAUAAGAUCAAGGGAGAAAUAUGCAUUUGUUUAAGAGAGAUUAAAAAUAUCUCUUAAUUUGUAAAAUGCAGGAAAUUUUAAUUGAAUUAUUCAAAAAUUCAAAGUUGUUGAACCAAAAAUUAAAAAAUGUACACAUUCCCGAGAAAUGGAAUUAAUUUGUAAACCAAAAUACGGAAGUGUCGAUGUUUAACAAACAAUAAAUUUUUACAGACAAGUAUG